UUUUUUCCUCAUAUUAAUCAUCUAAUGACCCCCUAGAUCUUAUCUCUUUGAUUCCUACUUUGGAAACUACUAGAACCUUUUAAAGUAGAUGAAAACAGAUCCACAGCUUUACUGUUUUUAAAUCUGUAACAGGGCCACUUCUACCACAGCAAGAGUACUUUUACUUUGAACAUUAUCUGUCAACAAUUGUGUAAGAAUAAGAUUUGAAUGCAGGACUUUUACUUUUAACCAAGUGUUUUUGCAAUCACGUGUUGGAUCCUAAUACCUAAGCCAUAACUGACUCUACUUGGAUAUCACAAGGAAGUGUUUCUGUUAACGAAGCAAAGUAAGAUUCCACUUAUUAAGGUAAGGGAAACUUUGUUAGCUCCUUCAACAGUAAACAGUAAUGUGGUGAUUAAGCUAUUCUGUGAAAUCAAAUCGGGAGAGAAAUAACGUGAUCUGCUCUUCGAUCAUGUUGUUGCACAGAGAUCGUCUCUUUGAUUGGUCCUUGUCUCACAGUCUGCAUGGAAAGAGAUGAGGCUUUGAUGCAGAAACGUCAGAGUGCGUGAGAGAGAGCUGAGAAGAGAUCAAGGAAACGGUGACACAGAGGAUGGGCAGAGUGAGAGGUACAGUUACAGAAAACCCCAAAGAGAGUCACACCUUGAGGAAGUUAACAAAACCACAGGAGGAGAACAAAAGACGCUUAAUAUUGAAGGAUGGGACUCGUGCAAUGUUUGGUGAUCUUCUGGAUGUUUUCUGCACAGCUGGUGCUCUCCUCUCCGCUGAACGAUGUGAGCCGGUAUUGCGAGCCUUCAGGAGGGAGAAGGUGUAACAAGUGUCCUGCAGGUGAGUACCAGAGGUCGUGUGCAGAGUGUGUGUCGUGUUCUGCAGGAUUUUACACACUUGAGCUCAACUGUGAACAAAACUGCCACGCCUGCUCCAGAGACUGCAGCGCAGAGUCACAUCUGAAGGUGGUUCAGAACUGCAGCCGCUCGUCCAACAUGAGGUGUGUCUGUGAGGAAGGCUUCAGAUGCUCUCACCUCGUCACUGAGUCAAGAAACUGCAGAGACUGUGAAAAGAUACAGGAAACAACAACAGAACCAGAUAAACAGACGACUUCCUCAGCUUCCCCGGGACGAAGCAGCUCUUGCACAAAACCCUGCACGUUACCCAACUGCCGCCCGACGCCAGAACCACCAGCAGGACAUGACCCACACAUAGGCGGGAAGAGCGUUCGGCUGGAGGCCAUCUUGUGUCCGGUGGCUCUGGGAUGUUUGGCCCUUUUGAUCCUGUUCUUCUUUCGCUCAAACCGAGAUGACAACGCAGAGGAAUCGUGUUUCAAGCGAGCUAUUGCAAAGUUAUGCAGUGAGGGAGGAGGAGAUGCUUCUCACAAGCCGCAGGAAUCGACUCACCCGCCCCCCAGAGACUCAUUCAGUGCCAAGCAGCCGCCGGCCGGCCUCUCUGCAGCCAGUCAGGUUCCAGUCCACGUCUAUAAUCCAGGGACGGUUAUCUUCAGCCUCCUCAAUCAGUUUACAGGACAAGUCGGUCCAACGAUGGUCCAAUGUGGGAAGACGGCCGAGAGAGUGACCAGCGAAGAGGAGGAAGAGGAGAGAGGCUGUCCUGUGUUUCACCCCACAUCCUCUCCCAGCAUCCACCUCUCUGAGGAGGAGAGGAGCGGAGAGGCUGACAGCAUUUUCUUUCCCUCCCAGGAGCAAGGAAAGGAAUGCCAUGUGUCCAAAGAGGAGUCGCUAUAAUGCGUCCUAAAUAUCCCAGACGAUUUACGUUGGUGGU